UUUUCAACGACUUGGACUUCCCUAUGGAGAUAUCGAUCUAGUUUGAUUUCGUCCUACUUUUUUUUCUUUUGGCGACGCAUCUAGUCUUGAAAAAACUGUACAUACUUACCUAUAAGAAACUCGACAUCACGACUAAAUCUAAAACACCAUGGCCGACGACGACGACCACCUCCCGCCCGUUCUUCCGGAAGACGACCCGGACAACCAUCUUCCCCCGGUUCUCCCCGAACAUGUUGACAACGAUGCGGCAGUGGGCGAAACAUCGCAGGACCACCAGGAGCACCACGAUAUCGCACAGCUCCAGUCGAAAGCCUCGGACGACGAAGCUGCUGGUGCCAGCACUAGACAUGGCAGAAACAAAAACCAAACCAGCCCCGAUGACGAGGACCGAAAGCCGCGCCGCCUGCCCGUGACGGAAAAGAUGCUCACCCAGUCGAAAUCGCUACAGGCCUUCGCGAAAAAGCUCCCAAUCUUCGAGUGGAAAGAGCAGAUCAUGCAGCACUUACGGCAGCACGAUUUUUUGAUCGUCGUUGCAGAAACCGGUAGCGGGAAAACCACCCAGAUUCCGCAGUACAUCUACGACAGCAAGGAGUUCGGCAACCGUUUCUGCAUCACGCAGCCCCGGCGGGUCGCGGCCAUCUCGGUGGCGAAGCGGGUGGCGGAGGAGCGCGCGGUGCACUUGGGCACGGAAGUCGGCUACACGAUUCGGUUCGACGACACCACGACCGAAGGGGAGACCAAACUGCGCUACAUGACCGACGGGUGCCUGCUCCGGGAGUUCAUGAGCAAGGAUUCCGAACGAGGCGCCGGCGGGACCUUGUCCAACUACGACGUGGUGAUCCUGGAUGAAGCGCACGAGCGCACGCUCGCAACCGACGUGUUGUUCGCGUUCGUCAAGCGUGCGUGCCUGAUCCGGCAGAAGCAAACAAACCGGCGGAACCUGAAAGUGAUCGUCAUGUCGGCGACAUUAGAUCGCGAUCAAUUUAGCAAGUACUUCAUGAACGCGCCGGUGUUGCGGUGCGCCGGUCGGAGUUUCCCGAUCGAGGUGUAUUACGACCAGCCGGUGGCGCAGAACAAGCGUGUCGAGGCCGCGGUGAACUGCGCACUCAACUUGCACCUGCGGGAGAAGCGCGGCCACGUGCUCACGUUUUUGACCGGGAUGGAGGAGUGCGAGCAGGCGUGCACGCUGGCGCUGUCGAAGUUGCAGCAGUUGAGAAACGCCAAUGUGGUAGACAACGUCGGCGACAACGGCCCAAAAGGCGGCGACGACGACCACAUUCUGCACCGAAAGAGCACAGACAAAAAUGGAGCAUCAAAUACUGACAAACCGAAGAAGCAGGCGAAGCAGGACAUCGCGGACUGCUUGAUUCUGCCGCUCUACGGGUCGUUAUCGACGGAGGACCAGCGCAAGGUGUUCGCCGAGGUGGACGCACGACAGAUAAGGAAACUGAUCUUCUCCACCAACAUUGCGGAAACGUCGUUGACAGUCGACGGCAUCGGAUUCGUCGUCGAUACGGGCGUUGUGAAGCAGAAAGAAUUCAACCCCAAGACGGGGAUGGAGCAGCUGGUGGUGUGCAACGUGAGCCGCGUGCAGGCCAUCCAGCGUGCGGGCCGCGCGGGGCGGACGCAGAAGGGCAAGUGCUACCGUCUGUACACCGAGGAGCACUUCCGGAACCGGUUCCAGGAGGCCACCACGCCCGAGAUUCUGCGGUCCAACCUCAGCUCCGUGUGUCUGCAGAUGAAGGCCAUGCGAAUUAAAGACAUUCUCCACUUCGACUUCAUGGAGCCCCCGUCCCGGUACCACAUCCUGCAGGCGCUGAAGCAGCUGUUCUACUUGGGGGCCGUGGACGAGGAUGGCAACGUGACGGAGGAGGGUUUGGAGAUGGCGGAGUACCCGCUGGAACCCACCUUCGCACGCUGCCUGCUUGCCGCGGAGCAGCUGAAGUGCGCGACGGACAUGCUGACCCUGGUCGCAUUGCUCUCCGCGGAGUCGGUCUGGUACCGCCCGGCGCGGCACGACGAGGAGAAGUUUCGCAAGGCCGCGAUCGCGCACAGCAACCUGUGCGACGUGCAGGCGGGGGACCACUGGUCGUUGGUGGACAUCUACAAAAAGUUCGAGCAGCAGGGCGGCCACAUGUCCAAGGAGUGGUGCAUGGAGAACUGCCUCCACUACCGCUCGCUGCGUUCCGCGAGCGACAUCCGCGGCCAGCUGGAGACGCAGAUGCAAAGCAAGAAGAAGUCCUACACCAGCACCAUGGCCCACGAUCUGCCGUCCUCGGUGGCGAUGCCCAUCGUGAAAACCAUGCGAAAAAGCACCGACGGAAAUAACGAAGGCAAUGCAGGAGACACGACCGCAGGAGCAUCCGACGCAAGAGGAGAUUAUCGCCGCGAAGGUCCGGUUGCGGGGCAGCCCAAGAAGUCCUCGAAUUUGAUCAACUACUCAGCGAUAGCGGCAUCGACGACAUCCACGUCCGUUCGCGUGCGGCGCGCGCUCUGCGAGGGGUUCUUCAUGCAGAGCGCGAAGCUGAUGAGCUCGCACACGGGGUGGCUCACGGUCUGCGAUAACAUGGCGGUCCGCCCCGAGUCCGGAUCGGCAAUCGACGAGGAAAACCUCCCGGAAUGGCUGGUAUACACGGAAAUGGCCGGAACCUCCACAGGCUCCACCGGUGUCGUCCGCAACGUCUCCCCGAUUGAGCGUGAAUGGAUCAAGCACUUACUACCCCGCCUCGAAAAGGUCGACCUGUCCCGGCUGGUGGGCGAGAAGAAGCCCGAGCCUGUCGCAAACAGGCAGGCUCUACUCGCAGCAUCCAAGCCACCAGAGGAAACGCGGGACGAAAAAGCGCAGAGCGCGAAGGAACGCUACCUGGCGAGAAAGAGACAAGAGCAGGCGGGAGGCGGUACGGCUGGCAAUAGUACUGGAGGAAGACCCGGCGAUGCAAAAUCGAGGAGAACCGAUCACCGAGGCAGAAGAUGAGAAUGGACAUGUUACUGCGUAAGAGAGAAAUAGUAGCUGUUGGUGUUGUUGUAGCACCAUCUCGUCCAUCCAGCUGUCUCACUGUUACUGUCAUUUUUUUUAACCAGCUGCAGCUGAGGCUGACGUUGACGAACCACAAAUAUCUCUUCCAGAGGCGAAACGAGAGGCAACGCCGCUCUGAAAGUAGC